CUUCUUUAACCUGGUUAGAGUAAUUGAUAUCUUCUGUGAAGUGGAAGUUUUCUAAGGGACAUUUUCUAACUCAAACAAACCAAACGUAACGAAACCUAUGUGACCAGAUAUCAGAGCAACUCUGAGGAUGGACACCAAAACGCCCUCCAGACAUCAGCUGGAUGUCACAGACCGUUAUUUCCUUCCUCUGAUUUAGUCAUGUAAGAGGUCAUGAUGGACGUGCAAGUAGUGAUAGGCACACAAGAGGAAGAGGCUGCAGUAGCACCUGCAUACAUAUUAAUCGAUAAACAGAGGCCUUCCUAGACACACACACACACACACACACACACACACACACACACACACACACACACACACACACACACACACACACACACACACACACACACACACACACACACACACACACACACAGAUCGACUGCUAAGGUUAUUGAGUGCGUGACCUCAAGUCAAGAUGGAUUGUGGGGAGACUGUUCUGUGUGGAGGGGGGGAGCAAGAGCUCGAUCCCGACAUUGUGAGCGAAGAGGCGGGAAAGCUCUACUCAGAGCUCCAGUCCGUGGUGGAGACCCAUGGGGCGGGCGUGGUGGAGUCGCUGGUGCCGGUGAUGGUGUGGGUUCUGGAGGGUCUGGCCAGCUGCCGGGCCCAGCUGCGGGAGCGCGAGGAGGAGGCGGAGAGGGAGAAGGUGGAGCGGGACGAGCUGAUGGACCGCUACCAGAGCGAGAGGAACCUGCGCAGGGAGAGCCAGGAGAAAUAUCUGGAGUUGGACGACCAGUUUGAGCAGGAGCGGAGGGCGAUGAGGGGAAGAGAGAAAGAGAGGGAGAGAAGAGAAAGAGAGCUGGAGAAGAAAGCCAGAGAACAAGCCGACCAGUUGAUGGCCCUGGAUGAGCAGAAGACCAGCCUGACCCGAGAGCUCAGCACUCUGAAACACACACAUAGCAAGUUGAUGCUGACCUACAAGGAGGCCCUGGAGAAGAGGCGGGAAUCUGAGAGGGACGGCUCCCCUAUGAGGAAUCAUUUCCGCUCAAAGGCUGUAGAACUUCAGCCCGUUCAUGACCAGAAUGAACCGAAACCUGAAGCACCUGUCAUUCCCGUCAUUAAAGAGCCACCUGCGAGCAGGGAAGACAAGCCGAUUGCAGAUGGCAAGAUGGAGCAGCCGAUCACCGAUAUUAAGAUGCAGCCUGUGGCUGAUCCCAAGGUGGAGGCUAUCACUGACCUCUCUGACCCCUCCUUCAUUAAUGACAUCAUCAGCUCCACGCCGGAACUCAGCCAGCUGGCACACUAUGUGGGGUCAAGCACGCCAGAGCCCAGCCUUGCAGAGAACCACAACACCAGUCUUGAGGAGGAAAUGAGGCGGGCCCAGCGCGAGGAUGAUGAUGAUGAUGAGGAGGACGAAGAUGGCUAUGAGGAUGAGAAAGGAGCGGAGGAUGAGGAGAACAUGGAGAAGCACAACGGAGAGACGGGCAAUGGAGGAGGAGGAGCAGGAGGAGAAAGAGAAGAGGAGGAUAAUGAGGUGGUGCUGGAGGAUGAGGAAGAGGAGGACCUGGACGGGCUGGAGUGGGAGCUGCGGAACACAGACUCGGUCUUCUCAGAGCUGUCGGAGCUGAGCAGGGAGUACCUGGAGAGCGUGGACCAGGGGGCCAAUGUCAGAGACAACACUGAACGGUUGGAUGACAUCCUGUUGCAGUAUGAGGAACUGAAGCGCACCCAUGAAAUGGUGGACUCUGCCAGGAAGGCCCUCAUCUGCCGCGUUGAGGAGUUGACCAAUGAGCGCUCGGCUCUUAACCUGGAGGCCCGGUCGUCCCAGGAAACUAUCGACCGAUUGGAGGGCCGGAUGAGAGAGAUGGAGGAGGAGACCAAGCGGCUUCGCAAGGAACUGGAGGCAGCACAGUCAGAUGACCCUGAGGCUGUGCCAGUGGCCCUGCGGCGCUUCUCUCGUUCGGAGAUGGCGCGCGUCGUCAUGGAGAAGAACCAGUACAAGGAGCGCCUCUUCGAGCUGCAGGAGGCCGUACGCAGGUCACAGACCCUCAGGGUGGCUAAAGAUGAGCGUCCCCCUGUUGAGGAGAGGAGGAGCAGUGUCUGGACAAGGUUCAACCGGCUCUUUGGACUGGCUAAGCAGCCCAAUGCUCCUGCCCCUCCUGGUUCCUUGGCAAUCAGCGUUCCCCGGGCAACCCCCCCGCCCACACGCCGCUCCCCCACGGCCUCCCCUCAGAGACUCUCCAUCAGCGAGACCAGCACAGAUGGUUCUCUGUCUCCGCGUGUGAGGCGCAGGGAGCUGUACAGGGAGAUCCGCUCCCAUGUGUGGGGCACGCUGGGCAAGCAACAGGUCCAUGGCUGGAGCAUGCCCCUGUCACACAACAACGUACAGGAUCCUUCCCUGCCUACUCCUGAGCCUAAGAACGUGCCGGUGCUGGUGCAGCUCAGACUGCUAGACCAAAGAGACGCCACCGCCAAGCUGACCAACGCUGUUGCCGUCACCCCAGACAUCUCCAGUGAACAGACGUGUUCUGUCUGGGCUCUUUCUGGCCCCGCCUCCAGUAGUGAUGUCACAAUCAUCGACCCGACGCGUUCCAACACCAUCCUGGAUCAGUUCAGUCUUCCGCCCACCUCACCAGCACUCUGCAUAUGCGCAGUGCCACCAACAGGAGAAACCCCUGGAACAGUAUGGAUAGGAACUCAGGAUGGGGGUCUCCUGGUGCAUCCGGCCUCCAUGUCCAGACGCCGCUGUCUUCAGUCCGUCACGCUCACCGAGGGGGUCCACUCCCUAACGUAUUCAGAUGGUAAAGUAAUAGCUGGAUUAGCCAAUGGGACGUUGGCUUUCUUCAGCCACGGUCCAUCUGGCUGGGACCUCCAAUUAAAGGGGGAGAUGUCUCUAGGUUCUCCACCCGUGCAGCCCAUUCGCUGUUGCCUAGCAAAAGGGGCGGGUCUAUGGGUCGGUUACUGGAACAAGAUUCACAUGAUCGAUGUGGCGACUAGAAAAAUUGAGAAAUCGUUUACAGUGUCGGAGCGCAGUGAGCAGCAGGUGCGUUUCCUGUGCGCAGCAGGAAGUGGCGUGUGGGCUUCUUGUCGGCUUGACCCCACCCUGCGCCUCUUUGAUUGGACGACCGGCCGGCCUCUACAGGAAGUGGACCUGUCACCCAUGGUGACCAAAGCACUGGGUGCUGGCUUCCUGUCCCUGUCCCCUUUCCAGGUGUCUGCUCUGGCCGUCUGCUGCGGCCGUCUCUGGGUGGGCACUGCCAGUGGAGCCAUCUUCUCCAUGCCCCUCAGUAUCUGCUCUGAGUCCUCCAUCCCAUACUGCACCUUGAGCUUGGCACAGCUGUGUUACCAUGGCCACAGACAAGCCGUCAAGUUCAUCAUCUCCGCUCCAGGUUGUCAUAGCACAGCCUCAACACCAGAGGGCACUGAUUCCACAUCUCAGCUCAUUUUGAGUGGAGGAGAGGGCUACAUCAACUUCCGCAUUGGAGAUGACGCAAGUGAUGGAACUAAUGAGAACUCUCCUCAACGCUCGGAGCGCAGUCACAUGAUCAUCUGGCAAAGUGCCCAGCCCUGCGUGCCCAACCCUUCGCUAUGACGCUUGGCACUCGGACUCCUCUUCAAACAGCGGGUCUCAAGACAGGCGGCACCUCAACCCAACCCUUCCCCCUGACGUCACGUUACCCCCAAACUCUGCACUCUGACAUUUGACACCUUUAACUUCCUUCAAGGGACCCCAUAACCCUGCAAUCUGACUGUUCACUCCUCCUCCUUUAAACUGUGGGUUGUAGGAGAGACGGGGGGCAUCUCCGCUCCUCAAUCCUGCCCUCUGAUAUGUAACCACCCCUCCCACCCCUCCUCUGACAUGCCCACAAACUAUGCACUCUGGCGUGUGACAGACUCGUCCUUUUAACUUUGGGUUUUCGGGGAGGCGUCAUCUCAGCCUUACUAUGCCUUUUGCCUCAAUACAGAGGGCAGGGCUCUCAUGACAAACCUGGCGCUAAUAUGCAGUAAAAAAAAACAAACAUGAAACCACCUUACACUUCAUGUCACAGGCAAAGCUGUGCCACCUUCAAAAGCACUAUUCAUGACUGGGUUUUCAGGGUUCUGGAAGAGUAUGUGUCCAACAGGCUUGUACGAAAUUCCGAAUUGAAUGAAUUUCAAUUCAAAGUAAUGCCAUAAUACGAACACUAGGUGGUGUGUCAUUACCUUGAAUUUAUUUUAAUUUAAUCUACACCACCCAUUGAAAGUACAUAGAACACCACCACCUAGUGUUCGUAUUAUGGUAUUACUUUGAAUUGAAAUUCAUUCAAUUUGGAAUUUCGUACAAGCCUGGUGUCCAAUGAAUAUGUAUUAUCUGUCUGUAUUAUCUAUGGCUAUGUAUAAGUCGAUGCUGGCCUUACUCUGGCAUCAAAUGUGAAGGGUGGAUCUAAAGUAUUGAGAGCUCAAGUCACACCCCUCCAUGGAUUUAAAAAAAAAUGUAUGGGGUCAAAAGAACGGUUUCUCAAUUGACUCCCAUUUGCUCUGGUUCCAAUCUUUGGUGACAUGGACGGGAGUGGCUUUCUGUUAUCUAUCUAUCUACCUGCUUGUCUAUGCUGGCCUUAACCUGUCACCAAAGUGUGAAGGGUGGGUACAACAGGCCUGUGCUGUCCUGUGCCACCCAUUAUAAUGGUCCUAACGCGGUGGGGGUGCUGUUGUCUCGUGUGUUGUGCCUUUGUUGUACCUGUACCUUUGUUGUGAUGCACGUUGCUGUGAAUUUGGUCAGUAUUUAAUUAACGAAUUGUUUUGUUUUGUUUUCUCUCUCAAAUCGUCAUUCAUCAGACCUCAUGCAUGACAAUCAAUGUAAUUUUCUCUCGUGUGUGCACAUUUGAAGUUUAAAACUGCCAGGUUUACUAUGUAUUCAUCAUCAUCAUCAUCAUCAUCAUCUUUGUCAGCAGA